GAUUGUGGAGCAGCAGUGGGGGGGAGGGGAUCUGCAGCACCAGCCCCCCCCCGCCCCCCCCUUCUCCUUCCUCCCCCUGCUGCGGGUGCAGCAGUGGGGGGGAGGGGAUUUGCAGCAUCAGCCCCCCCCCGACCCCCCCUUCUCCUCUCUGUCUCCCUGCUGCGGGUGCAGCAGUGGGGGGGAGGAGAUUUGCAGCAUCAGCCCCCCCCCGCCCCCCCUUCUCCUCUCUCUCUCCCUGCCGCACCUUGUGUUGGGAGGGGGGGGGAGCUUGGAGGUUCAGGGGGAGGCAGAAGGGGAUCUGCAGCACCAGCCCCCCCAGCCCCCCCCCCCCACUUCUCCUCCAUCCCCCUGCUGCGGGUGCAGCGGUGGGGGGGAGGGGAUCUGCAGCACCAGCCCCCCCCGCCCCCCCCCCCUUCUCCUUCCUCCCUCUGCUGCGGGUGCAGCAGUGGGGGGAGGGGAUUUGCAGCAUCAGCCCCCCCCCCGCCCCCCCUUCUCCUCUCUGUCUCCCUGCCGCACCUUGUGUUGGGAGGGGGGGGGAGCUUGGAGGUUCAGGGGGAGGCAGGAGGGGAUCUGCAGCCCUGUGCGCCCUGCUGCCCUGUUCGCCCCGCGCGCCCUGCAGCCCUGCGCGCCUAUUGCAGUGGGGUAAGGUGGGAGGGUGAGGGGGUGGAGGAAGGGGUGUAG